UUUGGUCAUAACAGUAAAUAUUCGCUGGCAAACAUUAGCUAGAUUACUAGUGACCCGGAUGUUUUGUUUACGUCCAUCACUUAUACUCCAAUAACUAGUUUAUUUCGUAUUAAAUGACUAUUAAGUAUUAAUGGCGACAUAAUUGUGUUGACAUCACUAGCAAACUGUUUGCUUUUUAGUUACGAGUCGCCUGUUGUGAAGAGGAGGUUUGAGGGCAAAGUGACACCUGUCAUGGCCUCUUUCGGCUGGAAGAGGAAAGUGGGCGAGAAGGUCUCCAAGUUGGCGGCGCAGCAGUUCGAGGCGGCCGACAAGCCUCCGGGCGGCGCCGGGGGGCAGGGUGAGGAGGUGGACUGGCUGCACGCCGUCAAGCGCCGCCGGGAGAUUCUGCUGGAGGACUGUGCGGCCAAGAGCAAGAGGCUGACGGACGAGGGGACGCAGCUGGUCGAGCAAGGCAGGCACUGGGAGGCCAUCAAGAAGUGGGACGAGGCCAUUCAGAUGACUCCAGACAACCCAGUGCUCUACGAGAUGAAGGCUCAGGUGCUGACCAUCCUCCAUGAGGUCUUCCCCGCCGUCAAGGCGGCAGAGACCGCAGCGAAAUUGCGGCCACUGUGGUGGGAGGGCUGGCAGACUCUAGGCCGGGCCCAGCUGAGUCUCGGCGAGGUGGACCUGGCACUGAGGUCCUUCCAGGUGGCCGUCCAUCUAUGUCCGUCUGAGCGUGCCUUGUGGCAGGAGGACCUGGCGUGGGCACGGGCCCUGCACAAACAGAACGCCGUCGCCAAGGAGAAGAUCCGGCGAGAGGAGGAGGCAAAGCAGCAGCUCCUCAACGCCCCGGAGCUCCGUCAGGACUUUGACUUUGAGUCCAACGAGGUCCUGGACGCCUGCGUGGCCGUGGCCGAGCGGCAGGCGCGCUACGAGGAGCUGAAGAGGACCGCCGUGGUGGUGGACGCCGAGGGGAACGUUCAAAACGUGCUGGCGUCCGGCGAGGGGGGAUCCGGAGACUUAACGGCGGUCCCCUCGCAGGAACAAUUUGUCAAAGCGAGAAUCUGAUGGAGCUCAGUCAGGCGUCAGUGUGUCACCGCUUCGUCAAGACAUAAAAACAUAAUCAGAGGCAACCGUCAGAUUCUGCAAAUGCUUCACAUGCGCCCGAUAAUGGUUUGGAUUUCCCAAUAGUGAACAGGCAGCACAUACUGUACGCUGCAAAGGCCGCAACAUUAGGUACGCCUGCUGCACCGUUGAGAUCAUCACAAGCUUCGACAAAGACAGUCAUGCUAGGUUUGGAUUCUUAUUUUGUUUGUCAACACAUUAGAAACAUUGCAGGUGAAAAUGACUGCGAAGCACAAUAACAAGCAUGUUGUUCAUGUCUUUCUCAGUUUGUGGUCAUAUUGUUCACCAAUAAUGUUGGUAACGCUCAUCUGUAGUAGACAUGUUUUGCAUAGUAGUGUAAACCUGAGCCUUGUUACAUGUGCAAUAAAUCCAACAAAAAAAAACCCCCACUCCUUU